AUGAAUUUAAACUAUAAGUACUUAUCCUUGGCCAUUUUACAAAACCCAGAACCUAGCACUUAUGAGGAGGCAGCUACUCAGACUUGCUGGAGAGAGACUAUUCAAGCAGAAUUACAAGCUCUAAAUCAGAAUCAGACUUGGUGUUUAAUUGAACUACCAACUGGUAAAAAGAUUGUGGGUUGCAAAUGGGUGUUUCGUGUGAAAUUUAACCCAAAUGGUUUGAUUGAAAGGCACAAGGCUCGUUUAGUUGUCAAAAAAUUCACACGGGUACAAGGUGUGGAUUAUGGUGACACAUUCAGUCAAGUUAUGAAGAUCACCACACUGAGGUAA